CAACUCUAGAGGUUCUUAAUAUAAAAAAUAUAGACAAAUAACAAUGCGGGCGGUUAUUCAAAGGGUUAAGGCAGCUAAAGUAACGGUACUAGAUGAACUGGUGUCCUCCAUUGGACCUGGUCUUUGCGUGCUGGUGGGAAUUAAGGCCAGCGACACUGCCAAAGACGUUGAGUACCUGUAGAGUCCGCAAGAUCUUAGCCUUGCGUUUGUUCGAGGAUAAUGACAAAAGAUGGCAAAAGUCUGUCAAGGAUCUGAAUUUGGAGCUGCUCUGUAUCUCCCAGUUCACAUUGUAUCACCGGCUGAAAGGAAACAAGCCGGAUUUUUCAGCGGCCAUGAAGGAAGAGGAGGCGCAAAAAUUGUACAAUCACUUCCUGGAAAGACUAGUUCAAUCCUACGAUAGCAGCAAGAUUAAAGAUGGCAAAUUCGGAGCCUACAUGCAGGUACACAUAGAAAACGAUGGACCGGUGACCAUUAACCUGGAGUCUCCAGAUGAAAAGCCGGCAAUCGAGGGAAUCGACAAGUGAUGUCUAAUAAAGCAAACUUUUAUGUA